AGGGAAGAGAGAACUUGGUAGUCUGAGUUAAAGUGGCAAUAGAGACUUAGACAUUUUAACAUUGUAGGAUUGACAGGAAUUGCAAAUGGUUAUGAGCCUUAGAGUUUCUGAACUCCAAGUACUGUUGGGCUACGCUGGGAGAAACAAGCACGGACGCAAACACGAACUUCUCACAAAAGCCCUGCAUUUGCUAAAGGCUGGCUGUAGUCCUGCUGUACAAAUGAAAAUUAAAGAACUCUAUAGGCGGCGGUUCCCCCAGAAAAUCAUGACGCCUGCGGACUUGUCCAUCCCCAACGUACAUUCAAGUCCUAUGCCAGCAACUUUGUCUCCAUCUACCAUUCCACAACUUACUUAUGAUGGUCACCCUGCAUCAUCACCGUUACUCCCUGUUUCUCUUCUGGGACCUAAACAUGAACUGGAACUUCCUCAUCUUACAUCAGCUCUUCACCCAGUCCAUCCGGAUAUAAAACUUCAAAAAUUACCAUUUUAUGAUUUACUGGAUGAACUGAUAAAACCCACCAGUCUAGCAUCAGACAACAGUCAGCGCUUUCGAGAAACCUGUUUUGCGUUUGCAUUGACACCCCAACAAGUGCAGCAAAUCAGUAGUUCCAUGGAUAUUUCUGGGACCAAAUGUGACUUCACAGUGCAGGUCCAGUUAAGGUUUUGUUUAUCAGAAACCAGUUGUCCACAAGAAGAUCACUUCCCACCCAAUCUUUGUGUGAAAGUGAAUACAAAACCUUGCAGCCUUCCUGGGUACCUUCCACCUACUAAAAAUGGUGUGGAACCAAAGCGACCCAGCAGACCAAUUAAUAUCACUUCACUUGUCCGAUUGUCCACAACAGUUCCAAACACCAUUGUUGUUUCUUGGACUGCAGAAAUUGGAAGAAACUAUUCCAUGGCAGUAUAUCUUGUAAAACAGUUGUCCUCAACAGUUCUUCUUCAGAGGUUACGAGCAAAGGGAAUAAGGAAUCCGGAUCAUUCUAGAGCUUUAAUUAAAGAGAAAUUGACCGCGGAUCCAGACAGUGAAAUAGCUACAACCAGCCUAAGGGUUUCUCUGCUAUGUCCGCUUGGUAAAAUGCGGCUGACAAUUCCGUGUCGGGCCCUUACGUGUUCUCAUCUGCAGUGUUUUGAUGCAACUCUUUAUAUUCAGAUGAAUGAGAAAAAACCAACCUGGGUUUGUCCUGUCUGUGAUAAGAAGGCCCCAUAUGAACACCUUAUUAUUGAUGGUUUGUUUAUGGAAAUCCUGAAGUACUGUACAGAUUGUGAUGAAAUACAAUUUAAGGAGGAUGGCUCUUGGGCACCGAUGAGAUCAAAAAAGGAAGUACAGGAAGUUUCUGCCUCUUACAAUGGAGUCGAUGGAUGCUUGAGCUCCACAUUGGAGCAUCAGGUGACUUCUCACCACCAGUCCUCAAAUAAAAACAAGAAAGUAGAGGUGAUUGACCUAACCAUAGACAGUUCAUCUGAUGAAGAGGAAGAAGAGCCAUCUGCCAAGAGGACCUGUCCUUCCCUAUCUCCCACAUCACCACUAAAUAAUAAAGGCAUUUUAAGUCUUCCACAUCAAGCAUCUCCAGUAUCACGUACCCCAAGCCUUCCUGCUGUAGACACCAGCUACAUUAACACCUCCCUUAUCCAAGACUACAGGCAUCCUUUCCACAUGACACCCAUGCCUUAUGACUUACAAGGAUUAGAUUUCUUUCCUUUCUUAUCAGGAGACAAUCAGCAUUACAACACCUCUUUGCUUGCCGCUGCAGCAGCAGCAGUUUCAGAUGAUCAAGACCUCCUACACUCUUCUCGUUUUUUUCCAUAUACCUCCUCACAGAUGUUUCUCGAUCAGUUAAGUGCAGGAGGCAGUACUUCUCUGCCAACCACCAACGGAAGCAGUAGUGGCAGUAACAGCAGCCUCGUAUCCUCCAACAGCCUAAGGGAGAACCAUAGCCACACCGUCACAAACAGGAGCAGCACGGACACAGCAUCCAUCUUCGGCAUCAUACCAGACAUCAUUUCAUUGGACUGAUUUCCUUGCCCCUGCUGCUCCCGUCCCUGUCUCUGAUUAAAUGAACUUGGCAGAAAGAAGAGAA